GCCUGAAGAAUGAUUUUAGAGUGAUAAAUUUAGUCGUUCCACCGGAGCAGGUCGUAGACACAGUAUUGCUGUUUCAUUUACCUCGUCAUCGUAUGGUAUCGCUGCGUUUUCUUACGUGGCACUUUUUGGGUAAGAAGAUUCAGUCGGAAACACACGACUCUACUGAAGAUGCCAGGGCUGCUCUCGAGUUGUAUCGUAAAUACAAAGAGUUAGAGAAUUCUGGAAAGCUGGCGGAAUCGUUAAAGGAGCUUUACAACGUUGGCAACCAACUACAAUGGAAAGUUCCGGAUAGCUGAUACGAGGAUGACCCUCAGGAAGAAGUGUAUGAUUUAGUUACAUGCAAAGACAAUGAAGUUUAGACGUGAAUUUUGAAGUAUAGUCAUAAACAAAUCGAGGAUUGAAUUUUGAAAAAACGUUGUUUAUUAUUUUGGUCCAUGCGUUUAUCCUGUUCGAAAAGAAGUUCAAUUAUUCGUACAUAGAAACUAGGGAAAUUCCAAGAUUAUGUCUUGAUGAUGUCGCGGGUGUUAAUGAUUACGGGUACAACUACAUUGUUAAUCGUAUUUAGUAUUUUCUUAUCUCACGACAUCGGCUCGUAUAAACAUAACUCAAUUAUCGACCGUAAAUUGUAAAUCUUUUAGUUAGCCUCCGCCUGAUCGAGAUUAUUGUAAAUUAUCAAGCAAGACGUUAGAGAAAACAAAAUUUCGCGUUGAUCGUAAUUUUUCGGCAAGGAUCGAAACGAAAUAUCUGGUACGCAUUCAGUGGCCAUCGUAUAUACAUAAUAUUGUACAUACAUAUUGUUCGAUAGCACAUUAGUUUUUGAAGAGUAUCGACCUCACACUGCCGAAGAUGGUGAAUAUAUUUAUUUUGUUUUCUCGAUGUAUCUUAAAUGGAAGAUAACACAUACACGUAAACCAUUCUGCUUGGUAAAUUGUUUUCUCUUCAACGACACACUACUUUGAUCACUGAAUUUGAGAAAUUCAAAAAAUUUAUCAAAGUUCGAAAAUUAUUUCGAUCUUUCGAAUAUUGAAGUUUCGAAGACUGAACGUUUAAACGAGAUAAGUUAAAUUGGUAUACAAAAAUAUUUUACUAAAUUAUCAACAAAUUUUGAUAAAAAUAACGAAAAAAUAGGGCGUUGAAGGGCUAACAAUACGUGUAUAUAACGAAAGAUUAAUAUUUUUAGCAAUAAUCCUAGAGGUGGAUGAGUAUGUCUGUACGAAACGUUUCAUGAUUUCCUUUUUUUAUAUGUAUGUUUUUUAAAAUAUUGACUUUUGUACCGUUUUUCCCAACGACAACUCAUUAGAGAAGGCAGAAACCGGGGGAAAAAAAUACGAAGACGCUUUUUUACAAGAUUUACUUCGUCCCGGUGGCAGAUUUCAUUUUGUCUCACGAAUAUACGCAGACCAUUUUCGCUCGAUCGAAAA